CGCCUCCCAGGCCCCCACGAGGUCCCGAGGGGAGGGGGAUCCCUCGGCGGGAGGCCUGUCCCUUUAAGGAGGCGGCCCUGCCUGGGUGUGCCCCGUCUCCAUGGUUACCCCGGAGCUGGCGGCGGGCGCAGGAGGGAAGGAGGGAGGCUGCCGCUUCUCCCCGACAGACGGAGGGAGCUGCGGGGAUCCGGUGCGGAGCGGAGCCCGAGAGGGAGCCGACCCGCAGCCGAAACCGGAGCUCCUGCUGCAGCCGCCGCGAGCGGAAGGUGCCGAGAGCACAGCGCGAGCGGAGCCGCGAGUCCAGGAUUCGUGGGCUGCCAGGGCGCGAGGAGCAGCGCGCCAUGCUCCGGGCCCCGACGGCGGGGACGCCCCCUUGCGCGCGGGCGGCUGGCAGGACCUGCGAGCCCGGGGUGGGCAUCACCCCCCGACGGCUGCGCUAGGGGGCGCGGGGCCCGGCGGGGGGCGGCCGACUUGGGCGCCCUCCCCCGGCGCUGAGCUCCCGCGCCCCGGAGGGAUGGGGCGGGCGGCCUUGGCCGCCUAAGAUGCCGGCCAUGCGGGGACUCCUGGCGCCGCAGAACACCUUCCUGGACACCAUCGCCACGCGCUUCGACGGCACGCAUAGUAACUUCGUGCUGGGCAACGCCCAGGUGGCGGGGCUCUUCCCCGUGGUCUACUGCUCUGAUGGCUUCUGUGACCUCACGGGUUUCUCCCGGGCCGAGGUCAUGCAGCGGGGCUGCGCCUGCUCCUUCCUCUAUGGGCCAGACACAAGUGAGCUCGUCCGCCAACAGAUCCGCAAGGCCCUGGAUGAGCACAAGGAGUUCAAGGCUGAGCUGAUCCUGUACCGGAAGAGUGGGCUCCCGUUCUGGUGUCUCCUGGAUGUGAUACCCAUAAAGAAUGAGAAAGGGGAGGUGGCCCUCUUCCUGGUCUCUCACAAGGACAUCAGUGAAACCAAGAACCGAGGGGGGCCUGACAGCUGGAAGGAGUCAGGUGGUGGCCGACGCCGAUAUGGCCGGGCUGGAUCCAAAGGUUUCAAUGCCAACCGGCGACGGAGCCGGGCUGUGCUCUACCACCUGUCUGGGCACCUGCAGAAGCAGCCCAAGGGCAAGCACAAGCUCAAUAAGGGGGUGUUUGGGGAGAAGCCAAAUCUGCCUGAGUACAAGGUAGCCGCCAUCCGGAAGUCGCCCUUCAUCCUGCUGCACUGUGGGGCGCUGAGGGCCACUUGGGAUGGCUUCAUCCUGCUGGCCACCCUCUACGUGGCUGUCACCGUGCCCUACAGCGUGUGCGUGAGCACAGCCCGGGAGCCCAGUGCCGCCCGCGGCCCCCCCAGUGUCUGCGACCUGGCCGUGGAGGUCCUCUUCAUUCUCGACAUUGUGCUGAAUUUCCGUACCACGUUCGUGUCCAAGUCAGGCCAGGUGGUGUUUGCCCCCAAGUCCAUUUGCCUCCACUACGUUACGACAUGGUUCCUGUUGGAUGUCAUUGCAGCGCUGCCCUUUGACCUGCUGCACGCCUUCAAGGUCAAUGUGUACUUUGGGGCGCACCUGCUGAAGACAGUGCGACUCCUGCGGCUGCUUCGCCUACUCCCCCGGCUGGACCGCUACUCGCAGUACAGCGCCGUGGUGCUGACCCUGCUCAUGGCCGUGUUCGCCCUGCUCGCCCACUGGGUGGCCUGCGUCUGGUUCUACAUUGGCCAGCGGGAAAUUGAGAGCAGCGCCUCAGAGCUGCCCGAGAUUGGCUGGCUGCAGGAGCUGGCCCGCCGACUGGAGACCCCCUACUACCUGGUGGGCCGGAGCCCUGCCGCAGGGAACGGCUCGGGCCAGAGUGACAACUGUAGCAGCGGCUUCGGCGAGGCCAACAGGACCGGGCCUGAGCUCCUGGGCGGCCCCUCACUGCGCAGCGCCUACAUCACCUCCCUCUACUUCGCGCUCAGCAGCCUCACCAGCGUGGGCUUCGGCAACGUGUCCGCCAACACGGACACGGAGAAGAUCUUCUCCAUCUGCACCAUGCUCAUCGGCGCCCUGAUGCACGCGGUGGUGUUUGGGAACGUGACGGCCAUCAUCCAGCGCAUGUACGCCCGCCGCUUUCUGUACCACAGCCGCACCCGCGACCUGCGCGACUACAUCCGCAUCCACCGCAUCCCCAAGCCCCUCAAGCAGCGCAUGCUCGAGUACUUCCAGGCGACCUGGGCGGUGAACAACGGUAUCGACACCACAGAGCUGCUGCAGAGCCUCCCAGACGAGCUCCGCGCUGACAUUGCCAUGCACCUGCACAAGGAGGUCCUGCAGCUGCCCCUGUUCGAGGCGGCCAGCCGGGGCUGCCUGCGGGCGCUGUCCCUGGCCCUGCGGCCCGCCUUCUGCACGCCGGGCGAGUACCUCAUCCACCAGGGCGACGCCCUCCAGGCCCUCUACUUCGUCUGCUCUGGCUCCAUGGAGGUGCUCAAGGGCGGAACUGUGCUCGCCAUCCUAGGGAAGGGAGACCUGAUCGGCUGUGAGCUGCCCCGGCGUGAGCAGGUGGUCAAGGCCAAUGCCGAUGUGAAGGGGCUGACGUAUUGCGUCCUACAGUGUCUGCAGCUGGCCGGGCUGCAUGAGAGCCUGGCACUGUACCCCGAGUUUGCCCCCCGCUUCAGCCGGGGCCUCCGAGGGGAGCUCAGCUACAACCUGGGUGCUGGUGGAGGCCCCGCCGAGGCGGACACCAGCUCCCUGAGUGGCGACAACACCCUCAUGUCCACCCUGGAGGAGAAGGAGACAGACGGCGAGCAGGGCCCCGCAGCCUCCCCAGCCCCAGCUGAUGAGCCCUCCAGCCCCCUGCUGUCCCCUGGCUGCACCUCCUCGUCCUCAGCUGCCAAGCUGCUAUCCCCGCGGCGAACUGUGCCCCGGCCCCGGCUGGGUGGCAGAGGGCGGCCAGGCAGGGCAGGGGCUUUGCAGGCUGAGGCCGGCCCCUCAACUCAUCCUCGGAGCUUGGAGGGGCUGCGGCUGCCCCCUGUGCCAUGGAAUGUGCCCCCAGAUCUGAGCCCCAGGGUCGUAGAUGGGAUUGAGGACGGCUGUGGCUCCGACCAGCCCAAGUUCUCCUUCCGUGUGAGGCAGUCUGGCCCGGAAUGUAGCAGCAGCCCUUCUCCUGGACCAGAGAAUGGCCUGCUCACUGUCCCCCUUGGGCCCAGCGAGGUGAGGAACACAGACACGCUGGACAAGCUUCGGCAGGCGGUGAUGGAGCUGUCUGAGCAGGUGCUGCAGAUGCGGGAGGGGCUGCAGUCCCUUCGCCAGGCUGUGCAGCUGGUCCUGGCACCCCGUGGGGAGGGCCCCUGCCCGGCCGGGGCCUCUGGGCUGCUGCAGCCCCUGUGUGUGGACACUGGGGCAUCCUCCUGCUGCCUACAGCCCUCAGCUGGCUCUGUCUUGAGUGGGACCUGGCCCCACCCUCGUCCAGGGCCCCCUCCCCUCGUGGCUCCCUGGCCCUGGGGCCCCCCCGCAUCUCAGAGCUCACCAUGGCCUCGAGCCACUGCUUUUUGGACCUCCACCUCUGACUCGGAGCCCCCAGGCUCAGGAGAACUCUGCCCUGAGCCCAGCACCCCUGGCUCACCGCCUCCCGAGGAAGGGGCUAGGACUGGGCCCCCGGAGCCCGUGACCCAGGCUGAGGCUGCCAGCACCGGAGAGCCCCCACCAGCUUCAGGGGGCCACGCCUUGCCCUGGGAGCCCCAUAGCCUGGAGAUGGUGCUUAUCGGCUGCCACGGCUCUGGUACAGUCCAGUGGACCCAGGAAGAAGGCACAGGGGUCUGACCACCAGCCUCAGAACUCAGUGUUGCCAGACCUGCUUCCAUCUGCUGCUCUGCCCAAGCUCAGGGUGGAG